GCGCUGCCGUAGCAGCCGCUGCUCCUUCGGCGCUGCCACCGCCCUAGGACACAGGCCCGCAGCAGCCGGAGCUUUUUUUAGGAAGAGCGAGGAAGGCGGCGGACCGCGUUUCGCCAGGCCGACGUCGUCAUCUCCCACCGCUGCUUGAGAGAGGAGCUGCUGCGUGUCCUCAUCUCUUCAUCCCGCGGACGCCUCCGCAUCAUCUCGGCCACUCUGCCGAUUGAACGUUCGACAGACCGAUGGGACAUGUGAACCGUGUGCCUAUUGAUUUUUUUACUUGUUUUAUUUUGCGUCUGCAUCUUUCGUUUCCUCGAAGCUGGAAUCCUCCGCCGUGUGCUGCCACCCCUAGUAACUCGAGGUACCCGUAACGUGUCUGUGACUCGUGCGAGGCGCUUUAUUUAAGACUGCUGAGCCGUGUGAGGUGCGCGUGUGAGUCAACCGUGGUGGGCUCCCGGGCCAGCCAGCGACGCCUGCGUCGUUGUCGGUUCUUCGUUUACCUCUCCAUCGGGAAAUACGCCAUCCAGUUUCUUCGCACUGUGCCUUCCGAACGUGGAUCGUUAGAUGCAGCCAUUGUCUUGUUCUAAUUUUCUCAUAUUUCUCGCGUGACUUUUAUUUUAGCAUCUGGUGCCUCAUUUUUGCGGCCUACGUCCACUUCUCCGCAACUUUUUCUCUUCCCAUCUUUGUGCGUUUGUGUUCAAGCGUUUGGUGUGCGUGUGUGUGUGUGUUUGGUGCCGUCCUCGGAUACCACUCCGCGGAGAUUCUUUCGUGUCUGGAAAGAAAACCGUGUGUCUCCUUGACGAGGUUCUCCCUUUCUCUCUCUGCACUUCUCCAAGACACGGUCGUCGCGUUGCGCUUCCUACUUCAUUUAAAGUGGUGCCAUUUUGCGACAGGGCACUACGCUGCGUGCCGUUGCUACUGCCGUGUCAAGUGCACUCAUUCUCGCUUUGAUGAAGACACACGCUAGGCGCUCGACAACGACCUCUACGCUGGUGACGAAAGCGAACGCUGCGCCGUGCGCCUAUGAGGAUGGGCUGCUACGCCGUCCCGCAGCGGCGGUUGCGAGAAGCCUCGUGACGGCAUAAAAUAGGAAGGGAAAAAGUAACAAAGAUUAUGCUGAGUUAUGCGUGCUGCCAAUACGUGGUGACGAGAGUGACCCUGUACCACAGCGCACUGGUGGACUUGUCUCGAAGUCGUUCGGUGCACGUGGUUGAGCACGAACCCUGCUGUCCGGAUCCGCAGUUAAUAUCGGCGAACAAUUGCAAAGCCGUGCAUUACGGUGUGUGCUCGCCCUUGCUAAAGCUACCAUCGUACGCGGUGAGGCCGGCGUCGGCCGCCAUCAUCAUGGCACCGCAGCCUCCCAGGCCCCAGUCAGCGACAUCUACGGUAACGGACUUGAGUAUAGAUGGGCUGGAUCCCGUCGAACUCUUGGCCGUUGAUUUAGAAGGCAAGCUCGAAGCGCUAGUCAACUCUUUCGUCGCUCAGGACAAAGUGAAAACCGCGGCCAGGAAGUCCAAAACAGCCAUGACUUCGUCACAGGCUUCGACCACUAAGAAGCUGGCUUCGAACCAGUCUACCGUAGGAGCGGGCAGUUCCAGCGUGGUACCAUCGUCGUACGGGGGAAAGCAAGAGUCAAAACCUUCCGUGAAGGAUGACUUGAAUAAAAAGCGACUCAAAAGUGCUGAUCCUGAAGUGAAGGGCGCGAGCAAGACAAAAAACGACAAAUUGGCCAGCGACGCUGCGCCCAGAAAGCUUGGCACCGUUCUGGUGACAUCCGGCACAGGUGUGACAACGAAGAAGGAUGUAACCGCUCGCGUCACGUCUGGAGGAACUAAAACGCCAGCGAGUGCUGCCACUUCGAAAGAUCUUACGUCCAAUCUGAAGACUUCAAAAAUGUCUCCCGCGUACAAUUCGCACGAGAGUGAUGCGACUAAAAUGAGAACAGACAAGCCAACCUCAAAGACGAGGUCUCUUCUCGCUGUAGAUGGACAUGAACACAUCCCUUCUUCAGAUGUUUCGACAGAUAGCGAGAAAACUGAGAAAUCGCCUUCUCCAGCUCCUGGUAGUCAAAGAAAGGUGUUCAAGCUGUCACCACCGAGUGUUAUAUCUCUAGUCACUGGAGCUCCUAAACCUUCGACGCCUCCACCCCCUACCUUCAGUGCCACCUAUGUUCCAGCCGUGGCACCCUCAAAAUCAACAACGACGGCAGCGAUUGACAACGUGACAGCCCGAGAUUCGCCAUCUUUGAGGGGGUCUUCUGUGAAAGACAGUGCUAAGGAUACCUCCGCUAGGCUUUCGAGCCACUCUAACAGCCCAAAAGAGCUCAACCCCAAGGUUUCUAGUCAACAGCCGUCUAAGCCGGCAAAAUUGGACAGUGGCGUUGUUUCCAAAGAGCGAAAAACAGUGCACUCUACGUCCUCACCGGUGUCUAAGCCCGUCAUCACCGUAAAGCCCGUCAGCGGCAACAGAAAUGCGUCCGCGGUGACCUCCGCUGCCAUGGAUUAUGCCAAAUCUAGAUUUCAAGGCCUCCCCGAACCAAAACAAUUCGAGGAACUUUUCAAGCAGAAGCCCUGCAAGAAUGGCCAUGUGGUGAACGAUGCCAAGAGCCGCUGGGAGUCGUUGACCUCUCCGAGCUCUCCGGCGGAACAGCUGUGGCCCAACAGAGUCGAGAGCAGCAGGAGCGCUCCCGUCGCGAUCCCUGGAAGCAACAGCAAUCACGAUUUGCAGGCGCCUGAUUUGGACUCGCCACUGUCGACCUCGCCGAGGCGACUCAACUCGCCGGAAGCGUUGUUCCUGGAGGCCAGUUCACCGCCAAGCAUCCCGCACCCGCGGCUCACCUCGUCACAGAAGCAGCACAUCCGCGAACGCUCGCUGUCGCCCACCGAGCGCGUUCACAUGCACGUGCCCGUGCGCCCUUUUCUCACCAAGGGUUCUGUGGCCGAGCGCGUGUUGCUCUUCGAGCGUUGCCCGGAGCGCGUCGGCCUGGAGCGCACGCCUGCGCCGGCCAAGGCCAGCAAGCAGACGGUGUUCAACGCCUGGAAACAACACCACGGCACAGUGGACGCCCACUCUGGGUCGCAGGUGAGUGAAUGGCUGUCGAUUAUAGACGAGUAUGUGACGCUAUAG